AUGACUACCAGCACUCGCGGUGAGAUCACCAUCGUCCCAUUUCCCGGCCACGGCCAUGUAUUCCCGGCCACUGAACUCGCUCACCGCCUUGCCUCCCUAAAUUACCAUAUUACCCUCCUACUCCCGUUCUCCACCUCAUCAUCACCAUCAUCAACGCCUCUUCUCCACCCUCUGAUCCACAUCGUAGAGAGCGAUGCAACCCCUGAGCCACACCAUCAUCACGACCGUUCAUCCCCCCUUCGCGAUCUACUGACCAAGCGUACGGACGGCAGAGAUCCGUCCUCGCUUCCACUCUGCGUCAUCGUCGAUGUUAUGAUGAGACGGGAACUCGAGAUCUGCAAAGAGUUCUCAAUCCCCGCCGUUAGUUUCUUCACCUCCAGCGCCUGCUCCACUGCUUUCGAUCACGCCACGCGUAAGAUCUCGCUGGAUGAUCUCAGCUCUCGUGAGAUCCUGACAGUUCCUGGUUUACCAGAUGACAUCUCCAUAACUCUCUCUGAUCUCGCCCCUAGACGCCCUCCACCGCCACGUGGCGGUCACCCACCUCCCCCUCCACCUUUCGGACCUAUUCAUCACCAUGGUGUGCCACCGCCAGGUGGCAGUCACGCACUAACCCCUCGACCACCGCCACGUGGCGGUCACCCACCUGGGCCACCGGCACAGAGUGGUCACCCAUUGCCUUCUGGUCCGCCACCGCCUCCGGGACUGGAGCAGACGGACGGCACGAUCGCCCUUUUGUUCAACACGUGUGACGAUCUAGAGCGUCCGUUUAUCGAGUACAUAGCCAAAGAAACGAAAAGGCCAGUUUGGGCUGUGGGUCCAUUACUUCCGGCCCGCUUCUGGGAGGCCUCAUUGGGAUCCUCGGUGAUGAUCCACGAUGACGAGAUACGACCCACGCGUGACUCCAGCUUUAGCGAGAUGGAAAUCAUCCAAUGGUUGGAUUCCAAGCCACGUGGCUCAGUGAUCUACGUGUCUUUCGGGACGGUGGUGGGUCUCGGAGAAGAUGAGCUGGCGGAGUUGGCGGCUGGUCUAGAGGAGUCGAAUCGGCCCUUCAUCUGGGUUCUGCAUGCCGGCUCGGAGACGAGCCGGGAGCUGGCUCGCCAAGCCGGAGAUAGAGGGCUUGUGGUCGAAGGAUGGGCCCCGCAGCUGCUGAUAUUAAGCCACGAGUCAACUGGAGGAUUCAUCUCGCAUUGCGGGUGGAACUCAACGGUGGAGGCGAUCGGGCUUGGCGUGCCCAUGCUGACGUGGCCGGUCCACGGGGACCAGGUGUAUAACGCCAAGCUGGUGACGAGCCGGCUCAAGACCGGCUACCCUGUUGCUGACGGCAGCGGAGUCACAAAGGAUCAUGUGGUCCAAGGAAUCGAGCGGCUCAUGAUGGACUUUGAGAUGCGCACGCGGGCGGCCUCGUUGCGGGCGAUUUUCAAAGAUGGCUUCCCGCGGAGCUCCUCGGCUUCGCUGGAAACCUUCUUAGACUUCUUGAGCACCAAAUUAAUGUAA